UACCGCACUGAGCUCAGUCGAACUGAACUGAAUUGGCUGCGCCGUCCGUGCCGUGCUUUUCCUUGUCUUCUUGUUUCCAAUCCACCACCACCACUUCCGGUUCCAUUCGUCCGGCGGCCGAGGGAGCCGGCAAGAUGGCUCCUUGCGCCCUCACCGUCGACUCCCUCAACCCAAAGGUGCUGGCGCUCGCGGAUCACCUCGGCAACGCCGCCAUUGCCCGCCGUGCCCAGUGCAUCCACAAUGAGAUAGAAGCAAAACGCGGGUUGCACCCUUUCGACGAGAUAAUGUAUUGCAACCUCAGCAAUCCACAGUCCAUGGGGCAACAGCCAAACACGUUUUUCCGAGAGGUUCUUGCCUUGUGCGAUUAUCCCCAUCUUCUAGAACGGAGUGAAACUAAUUCUUUAUUCAGCUCUGAUGCAAUAGCAAGGGCACGGAAGAUUCUAGACCUCUUUCCUUGGAGAACAACAGGAGGGUAUAGCCACUGUCAGGGUACUGAAGGACUGCGUGAUGUAAUAGCUGCUGGAAUAACAUCUCGAGAUGGUUUCCCUUGCAAUGCAGAAGACAUUUUCCUGACAGAUGGAUCAGCUCCACCGAUUCGGAUGAUGAUGCACCUACUGAUACGGGAUGAAAAAGAUGGUAUCCUUUGCCCAAUUCCAUCACAUUCUUUGUACACAAAUUCUAUGGUUCUCCAAGGCGCGACUCUUGUGCCAUAUUACCUUGAGGAAUCUAGAGGUUGGGGAGUGAGCAUGUCAGAUCUGAAGAAGCAGCUGGAUGGUGCCCGAUCAAAGGGUGUUAAUGUUAGGGGACUUGUGGUGAUAAAUCCAGGCAACCCUACUGGACAUGUUCUUGUGGAGGAAAAUCAGCGUGAAAUUGUGGAAUUCUGUAGGGAGGAAGGCCUUGUUCUUCUAGCAGAUGAGGUUUACCAAGAAAACAUUUACAUAGCUGGUAGGAAAUUUAAAUCUUUCAAGAAGAUAGCACGGUCCAUGGAGGUUGACGAAGGAGACAUAUCUUUAGUAUCCUUUCAUUCUGUUUCUAAUGGAUAUUACGGUGAAUGUGGGAGCAGGGGAGGUUAUAUGGAAGUCACCGGCUUUAAUUCUGAAGUAAAGAAACAAGUGUACAAAGUUGCAUCCCUUAGUUCAUGCUCUAAUAUCUCCGGUCAGAUCCUCAUGAGCCUAGUAAUGAACCCACCAACGGUUGAGGAUGAGUCAUACACCUCUUAUCAGGCAGAAAGAAAUGGAAUACUAUCAACUUUUUCUCGGUGUGCUGAGGCCAUGGUGUGUGCAUUGAACCGCCUGGAAGGAGUGACUUGCUGCAAAGCUGAAGGAGCAAUGUUUGUGUUCCCUUCAGUGCGUCUGCCAGAAAAGGCAAUUGCAGCUGCUGAGGAACAGAACACAGAACCAGAUGUAUUCUAUGCCCUUCGUCUUCUUGAAAACGCCGGGAUUGUUGUUGUGCCAGGUUCUGUUUUUGGACAAGUACCCGGUACAUGGCAUUUCAGAUGCACAAUACUGCCAAAAGAAGAGAAGAUACCACUGUUCAUCUCCCGCUUUAGGGCUUUUCAUGAAAGGUUCAUGGAAGAAUAUCAAGACUAACAGUUGCCAGCACUUAUUCCUAUGUACAACUUAAUACAUGUAUUAUUAUGCAAGAUGAUGUACCUGUGCUACUGCUAACCUGUGAGCGCCUGUGAUUUCACCAGUGAUAGGAGACGUGGUUCAAGUACCCGUCUGUGAUAUUUACGUUGAAGGAGACGCGGAUCAAGAACCCCCGUCUGUGAUAUUAAGCUAAAGGAGACGCAUGUAUAAUGAAAAGUGUCUCAGAUGUAAGUCAUCGGAGUCGCAUCUAAGUAAACCCGUGUCUCCAAUAGCUGUUAUUGGAGAUGCGUAAAAGCGCGUCUCUAAUGACCACACAUCAGUGACAAAAAUUUGCAGACAGAAAAAAAAUUCAUCUCCAAUACUCUUUUAUCUGCGUCUGCGAUUAGGGUUUCUGAUAUAGUGCGUGUCGAGAUAAGAACUUGAACUUUGUUGAACUUAGGUGAAUAGGUUCCACCAUAAGGAAUCCUACUGUUCUCCCGUCUCAUAUCCAG